AUGAACUCCCUGAAGACCAACGACUUGCUGUCGAACGGCAAUACCGAUGACAACAACUUCCGCUGUUUCAACAUGGCCGACCUCACGCUUGAUGGACUCGCGACACCGACUGGAAUGAAAGAUGAGAUUAUACUCUUGUCAUGGCUGAUUGUACUCUUGCGCACACGCGAAGAUGGCCAGAUAUGCUUCGAGUGGACUCACAACGACCGUGUGAAUGAAUUAGCUAUCAGAUCUCUGUCCAUGGGGGAGGUGAUGUUAGGUGGACUCGAGAGCACUCUUGGACAGACGGCUGAAGCAAUCUCUCAACAUGUUGCGACAAGCUCACCGGAAAAACGUUCUAUAUCCGAGUCUGCUAGCCUUCUUUUGAGCACCGGCGCUCUCUCUACUUCUCUCGAUCAAGUCAAAGACGAUGGUACACUCCACCUCGAGAUAGUCCUCCACAACAGCGACCUGAAAAUCCGACCCCUCUGGUUCUCCGACAACAUACUUCCGUUUACAGUAACAUCGCACGUCGAAACAUUAGUCCACACCGUUCGAAUGUGCCUUGCGAGCCCCGAGGCCUCCAUAAAAGACUGCAUGCGACCAACGACCUACGACCUCGAUGAGAUCUGGCGCUGGAACCAAACCCUCCCUCCCUCGUAUAACUUCUGCAUGCACGACAUGGUCACCGAGCGCGCUCAGAGAUCCCCAGACAAAGUGGCCAUCUGCUCCUGGGACGGCGAAUUGACCUACGCCGAGGUCGAUCAGUACUCAACGCGAGUUGCGUCCAUACUCCGGCAUGAGAUGGGCGUAAAGUUGCAUGAUAUCAUCCCCGUGUGCUUUGAAAAGUCCCGAUGGACAAUCGUCGCCGUGCUGGCAGUCAUGAAAGCAGGGGCGACCUUUGUGAUGAUGGACCCCACGCUGCCGCUGGCCCGUUUGCAGAAUAUGGCGACGCAGGUCGGUGCCAAGACGAUGGUGACCUCUAGACUACAGCAUGACCUGUCGAUGAAGAUUAUGCCGAGUGGGAACCGUAUCGUCGUUGAGGCCGACACAUUCCAUGCCUCGUCUCAGGUCGUCCCGGAAUUGCCAGCCGUGUCGCCCUCCACACUCAUGUACACCAUCUUCACUUCUGGCAGUACCGGUACUCCGAAGGGAGUGACGGUAUCUCAUAGAACGUAUACGAGUAGUGCCGUUCCGCGCGCACAGGCAGUGGGAUACAGCGAGACCUUCCGGGUUCUAGACUUUGCAUCCUACGCGUUCGACGUUAGCAUCGACAGUAUGCUGUUGACGCUUGGAAAUGGCGGGUGUCUCUGUAUCCCAUCGGACGAAGAUCGUCUGAACGAUAUCAACGAAGUCAUCCGAAAAAUGCAGGUAAACUAUGCCGGAAUCACCCCCUCCGUAGCCCGCAUUUUAGAGCCGGAAAUCAUUGCAUCGCUCAGCGGUGGCCUCGGGCUUGGAGGAGAGGCUGCCUCGGCGAGAGACGUCACGCUCUGGGGCCAGGACGCGAGGAUCAUCAUCGGGUAUGGCCCAUGUGAAUGCACGAUCGGAUGUACCGUCAACAGCAGCGCGGCCACGGGGAGAGACUAUAUCUCUAUCGGACCGGGCAAUGGAGCUGCGAUAUGGAUUGUCAACCCCAACGACCACAAUUCGCUUGUUCCCGUCGGUGCGGUAGGUGAGCUGCUGGUCGAGGGCCCGAUCGUCGGCCAGGGCUAUCUCAACGAUCCCGUCAAAACUGCUGAAUCGUUUAUCGAGAAUCCACCCUGGCUUGUGGCGGGCCACAAAAGUCACGUUGGCCGGCGAGGCCGUCUCUACAAGACCGGAGAUCUGGGGAAAUAUGAUCCCGACGGAUGCGGAGGCAUCAUCUUUGCGGGACGGAAGGAUACGCAGGUCAAAUUGCGGGGACAACGCAUUGAGCUGGGCGAGAUCGAGAGCCAGCUUAGAGAUAGACUGCCGUCGGAUACCACUGUGAUUGCUGAGGUGAUCAAGGCACACGGACAGCCGACACUGGUGGCUUUUAUUGCUGCCCAGUCCGGGCAGACCAAUGAUCUCCAAUCGGUCGAUUUUCCUGAUGAGCUGCGGAUGACGCUGUCCACGGCGGAUGCAGAGUUAGCCAAGGUCUUGCCCCGGUAUAUGGUGCCCACCGCAUAUAUACCGGUAAACCGCAUCCCGGUUCUCAUCUCAGGCAAGACGGAUCGCAAGCGCCUGCGCGAGUUUGGUGCCACCGUCGACCUGCGACAGCUAGACCAGAACACUAGCACCGCUCGGGACCUGACCGAGGUUGAGAAGCGCUUGCGGGAGGCUUGGGCGCAGACAUUGAAACUUGACCCUGCAACUAUUCGUCUGGAAGACAACUUCUUCGCCCUCGGGGGCGACUCUUUAUGGGCGAUGCGACUGGUGCCUGUGUGCAGAACACACGGUCUAGAUCUCUCUGUAACAAGCAUAUUCGGCCACCCCACACUCUCUGCAAUGGCUGGUGUUGUUCAGACCUGCGAUGUGCAAGCCCAGGUGGAAGCCCCCCCGUUUUCGAUGAUCUCCACAGAUGCGGACAGCGCCUGUCUCGCGGUAUCACAGGCGUGCGGAAUAGAUCUGGCCGCAGUCGAAGACAUAUAUCCGUGCACGCCUACACAAGAGUCCCUUUUUACCUUUUCUAUCAAGUCGACCAAGGCAUAUAUCGCCCAGCGAGUGGCAUCCAUCCCGUCGCAUAUCGAUUUGGAUGCCUGGAAAAAGGCCUGGGAGCAGGUAGUCUCAGCGAGCCCUAUCCUGCGUACUCAGCUAGCGCAGCUCCAAGAACCUGGCCUCCAGCAGGUGGUGCUGAAAACAGACAUUUCGUGGAAACAUUCAACGGACCUCGUACAGUACCUCCAGGAUGAUCAGGAGGAGAAAAUGCAGUUAGGAGAAAGUCUCGCUCGAUACGCCAUCAUUUCUCACCCAAAUGAAGAGAAGCGGUACAUGGUCUGGACAGUCCACCACGUCCUCUACGACGGAUGGUCCGAGCCGCUGAUAUUAAAGCAAGUCAGCGAUGCCCUGCAGGAUGAAGGCAUUGACACACAUACACAGGCACAGAUCAGGAACUUUGUCAAGUAUGUCCGUGAGACCGACGAAACCGCCAUGAAGGAAUUUUGGAGACAGGAGUUAAACGGGGCAGUCGGGCCACAGUUCCCGCGUCUACCUUCUCGAGACUACCUGCCCACUCCGGAUGCCAUGCUGGAUCGUCAGAUUCCGCUAGAAACCAGUGCCAAGUGGCCAUUCACGAUGGCAACUUUGAUCCGCGGCGCCUGGGCGCUACUGGCGUCACGGUACUCCGGCAGCAACGAUGUCGUCUUUGGUGAGACGCUCACGGGUCGGGACAUUCCGUUGGCGGGAGUCGAAGACAUUGUUGGUCCAUUGAUUGCCACGGUCCCUGUUCGUAUACAGAUCCCCCGCUUAGCCUCAGUCGAAUCCUAUCUGCAGACAGUACAGCAAGGCCUGCUAGCCCGCACGUCCUAUCAGCACAUGGGAAUGCAGAACAUCCGGAAAGUCAGCGAAGACGCUCAGCAUGCCUGCGAAGCCCCCACCGGUUUGGUAAUCCAGCCCGAACCAGAAUACAUCGGUGACGAGCUGGGCUUUGAGCACGGAGAUGUCGUGCGUGAGGCUCUCCAUUUCAAUCCGUACCCGCUGAUGCUUGCCUGUGGGAUACGGAAGGGCGGCUUCAGAAUAUGCGCCAGCUUUGAUAGCGGGCUUAUCGAGGUCGCGCAGAUGGAACGGGUCCUUGCACAGUUCGAAAUGGUCUGUCUCGAGUUGACGAAGGGUAUCUCCCGGGGAGUAGACGAAUUAUCUUGUCUUCCUGAGGCAGAGCUAGAGCAGAUAUGGUGCUGGAAUCAGACUCCACCGUUGUCCUUGGACGAGUCGACGGGAACGCUCCGAGCUGAUGCGGGCACUCAGCCGGGAUGGACCUAUCCUCCUGCGGUGGUUCCUUGGGUAUGUGACCCGCGCAAUCCGUCGCUACUUUUGCCUAUCGGGUGCGGUGGUGAGCUUUGGCUGGAAGGGAGUUUUCUGCAAGGAGAAGUCGUUGAAUCACCCGCCUGGCUGGUGGCGGGGAGCUCUACAUGCCCCGGUCGAGCGGGCAAGGUGCAACGUACCGGUGACCUGGUCCAGUUACGAGAUAAUGGCAGUCUAGUAUUUAUUGGUCGAGAGGAGAACAUCGUGCGGCUCCAAGGUCACGCCGUGAACAUUGCGGAUAUUGAAAGUCAUUUUAAAGGAUAUCUCCCACCCACGGUUCGCGCUGCAGUGACCGUGAUCCAGGCAUCGUCAGAGCUUGUUGUCUUGAUUGAGCAACAGUCUUCCCAGGAAGAAUGCGUCAAGUUGAUAUCAACGAAGCACAGCCUGGAAACACCAAUUUGCUCCGCAAUUCCAAUCAGUCUCGCGACGGUAUUGAAAAGACUCGACAAGUUUAUUCGGGACUCUCUUCCAUCGUACAUGGCCCCUUCGGCGUACGUGCCCAUCGAGAAGAUACCCACCGAGAAGGGACAGAUCGAUCGCAGCCUGCUCAAUCAGCUUGCCUCUAGGAUUUCCCGACCCGUACUCAGCGAGCUAAAAGAGGGACUAAACGUAGCAUGGAGACAGGGCUCCGCGCAGACAAACCUGACAGCCGCAGAAACGAUCCUUCAAUCUGCCUGGGCAAAGAUACUGCGAGUCCGCCCCGAAGAAAUCGACGUCGAUGACAACUUCUUCCGCCGAGGCGGCGACUCCGUCCUAGCCAUGAAACUCGUUUCCAGCCUUCGUGCAGAAGGCCAUACUCUAACGGUGGCCGAUAUCUUCCAACACAUGCGACUUGGUGACGCCGCUAAGCGGUUGAAGCUCGACGGCGCCUCGGUCCAGGUCCAACCUUACAAGGCAUUCUCGACGCUGGGCGACUUGGACGUCGAACGGUUUUGCAGCGAGAGUAUUCGACCAAAGCUUGCCGAUCAAGGCUGGUCGAUUCGGGAUGUCUACACUGUUACUGAUUCACAGGUUCUCGACAUCCGCGCCACUGUCCAGGCUCCGCGGACUUCCUUCCAGUAUACUAUGAUGUACUUCGAUCAGAGCAUUGAUCAAGGGCGUCUCAUCCGCGCAUGCACCCAAUUGAUUAAGACCCACGAUAUCUUACGCACUGUUUUUAUUGAACACGAGUCGAGCUUCUUCCAGGUUGUCCUGGAUGACCUGGAGGGCGUGGUGACCACCCAACAGGCUACCGGCAACCUCCAACAAUAUGUUAGCGAUCUCUGCAACGAGAAUAUUGAGUCAACAUUCCCACUCGGAUUACCAUUCCUAAAAAUCUUCCACGUCCAGGGCAACGACAACCAAAACUGUCUCGUCAUCGGGCUCUCUCACGCCCAGUACGACGGUAUGUCUCUGCCCCGGCUCCUUCGGGACCUGGAGACAUUGUACACAGGGAAAGAAGUAACCGACUUUGCGCCCUUCUCCUCCUACAUGUCACGAAUUGAUGACAGCCGCAUGCAAACCGAGGCAAUCAAAUACUGGCGCAACGUCGUGGCCGGGUCAUCUCUCUCCGUCCUACCAGGACAACCCACCCAGCCCACCGACACAUCAAUCUUCCAUACCAAGCCCGUCUCCAUCUCCCAGGCCCCCGCCAAUAUCACAACAGCGACCCUGCUAACAAGCGCAUGGGCCCUGGUACUCGCCCGAAGACUGCAAACAACAGACGUGACCUUCGGCGGUGUGACAAUGGGCCGACACAUCGAUCUCGCCAAUGUUGAAAACGUGAUGGGCCCGUGCUACCAACUAACACCUAUCCGAGUGAAAUUCAAUACUGACUGGACCGCUCGCGACCUACUACGCUUCGUCCAGCUGCAGAGCGCCAAAUCAGCGGCGUACGACUUCCUUGGGUUUGAAGCAAUCCGCAGGCACUGCGCGGAGUGGCCAUCCGAGGCAAAGUUCUUUGAUUCUAUUGUGCAUCAUCAGGACUGGGAGGACUUUGAUGCCAUGGACUUUGCUGGGGGUAGUUGUCGGGUGGAUGUUCGGAAUCCUCAUGGGGAUGCGGCGUGGCCGAUGAAGGUUGUUUCGUUUGUUAAGGGUGAAGAGUUGCAUGUUGGUAUCGUGGGGGGUGAGGUUGAGUUUGUGGAUGGGGUUCUUGGGGAGUUGGUUGAUGCUGUAGGGGAAUUGAGGGAUUCGGAGGAGUGUUUGAAAGUAUGGUGUAUUGAACGUAAUUAGGGCUAGUUUCACAUCUCGACUAGCAUGAAAAGAACUAUUCUAACAAAGACGACAUAUCAAUCCCCAUCUACAUCUAACGUAUUAAGUACAUGUAACGACCAAUCCUCUAUCUAAUUCUAACAUUAAGUAGCAACAGUUUGAUGCAUAACAUUAGCCCGAUAACUCUCCGACCGCUCCAACAACUCCUCAUGCGUCCCCUUUCCCACACAAACACCCCCCUCAAUCAAGAAAAUCACAUCCGCCCUCCGAAUCGUAUGCAGCCGAUGUGCAAUCGCAACCAACGUAAUCCCCCUCGCCGCCCUCGCCAGCCCAAUCUGCAAUAACCGCUCAGACUCCGCAUCCAACGCACUCGUCGACUCAUCCAGAAUCAACAAUUUCGGCCUCCUAACUAGCGCCCGCG